CGGUCCAUGAAGUAUCCUGUAGCUGUUCAUGUGACUGGACUUGAACGGGUCACAUGCUUCAGGCUGUUGCUGUGGAUCCAUCAUGGCUCUUCGGUGUGUGGCUGCGCUCAGCCUGCUUGCUGUGGCAACAGGUCGCUUCCAGGGAUUCAGGAGAGGGAAUGUGCUGCAUGAUCCCCCCCAGGGGGCUGAGUCUGAGGAGCUGUGGUUCACUCAGAGACUGGAUCACUUCAACGGGGCAGACAGCAGAGUGUGGAAGCAGAGAUACUUCACUAACGAUGCCUUCUACCAGCCUGGAGGCCCCGUGUUUCUGAUGAUUGGUGGGGAGGGCCCUGCUAACCCUGCAUGGAUGAAGGAAGGCACCUGGCUCACCUACGCUAAGGAAGUGGGAGCCCUCUGCUUCCUGCUGGAGCACCGUUUCUACGGGAAGAGUCACCCCACGACGCUAAAGGCCGCUCCACGGAGCUCAGUGGAGCGUAGCUGCUGCUUCUCCUCCUCCUCUUCCUCAGUCUUCAUCAUGGAUCAGACGUCUCUGCAGCAGUCAUCUGAUGGGGGUCGGAUCGUUGGGGGUUCAUCUUCUCUCUGCUUUUCAGAGUACCUGGAGGUGGUGUGGCGUUCGCUGGCCUCAGAAAGUGCAGAUUGCCCCGUGUUGGUGAAACAGGCUUCAGAUGCCCUGGCGGAACGUCUGAAGGACCCCAAAACCUUUGAAAACAUCACCAAAGACUUCAAAUUGUGUUCCCCGCUGCAGAUCCAGUCAGAGUCUGACUCCGCCUACUUCCUGGAAACCCUUGCUGGGAACUUCAUGGACGUUGUCCAAUAUAACGAAGACAACCGAGGAUUCGAGGGGGUUCCAGGCACCAAUGUAACCAUCAAGGUGCUGUGCGGCGUAAUGGGAAACACCUCGAUGGGAGAUCCUUACAGCCGCUAUGUUGCUGUGGCCCGCCUCAUGAUGGACACCUUUUCUAUGAAAUGCCUGGACAGCAGCUUCAAUAACUACGUCAGAGACAUGACCAACACGUCCUGGGAUGGGCCGGCUGCGGGGGGAGGGAGACAGUGGGUCUACCAGACCUGCAGUGAGUUUGGAUUCUACCAGAGCACAGACUCCCCAAACCAGCCAUUCACAGGCUUCCCUGUUGGUUAUCAAGUGAAACAGUGUGCAAGAUUCUACAACAUCAGUGCUGAGGAGGUGGCAGAAGCUGUGGCCCAGACCAACGAGUACUACGGUGGCUAUAACAUCCGCUCCAGCAGGAUAGUGUUCCCCAAUGGGUCCGUCGACCCCUGGCACGCUUUGGGAAUCACUCAGGACAUCACAGCUGAGCUUCCUGCCGUCUUUAUUAAAGGGACGGCUCACUGCGCCAACAUGUACCCAGCGAGGAGCCAAGAUCUUCCACAGCUGUCUGAGGCUCGAGAUCACGUCCUCCUGCUCCUCCAGCAGUGGUUGAAGCGAUGAGCGUCUCUCUGCUUAAAGAAGCAAACGCAUCGAUCCUGAUUUCUGAAAUUAAGAACCAGUUUCCUUUCACUGCUGCCAAAUUUUAAGCUCCUUGAAAUCUUGAAAUGCGUCUUUGCACAAGUUGAGAAGUUUUUUGUUCUGAAUGAGUUCAAGCUUUGAUUUAAUAAAGUUUUUUUUCUUAUUGAUACCAAGUUGGAGAUAUUUUUAC